AUGACAAUCUGUCAGGACAAAAGUUUGGAGUCUGUUCCCAGAAUUAAAAAGAGCACAGGAAUUCCAAGGAGUUUCACGAUGGAGGUGAAAGAUCCCAAAACAAAGGGUGCUAUGCUGACAAACACUGGAAAAUACGCCAUACCAACUAUUAAUGCGGAAGCUUCUGCUAGAGGAAAGAAGGAAAAGCCGCCCUUUUUACCCUCAUCCUCUGAUGAUCCGAUUCCAGAUGAGUUGCUGUGUGCCAUUUGUAGAGAUACGAUAACCGAUGCAGUUGUUAUUCCCUGCUGCGGAAACAGUUUUUGUGGCGAAUGUAUUAGAACAGCAUUACUGCAAUCGGAGGAACAUACGUGCCCAGCAUGUCAUCAGGCAGAUGUUUCUCCUGAUGCUUUAGUUGCCAACAAGUGCCUACGCCAGGCUGUGAACAACUUCAAAAGUGGAACUGGCUACAGAAAGCGGAUUCAGCAGCAACAGCAGCGGCAGCUGCCACCGCCACCACCUUCACCACCACUCGUGAGACAAGCAAUAACACGCAACCUGCAGCCUCUGCUCCGGCCAAAAAUGUCCAGACAGCAGGCGCCACUAAUGAUUUCGUUAGCUUCUCUGGCUUCUCCUUCUGCUUUGGCAUCAUUGGCCCCUGGUCUGUCACCUGUGGCAGCCUGGCUGCCACUCGAUGCCUUGAAUGCAAACAGCCACUCUGUCCAGAAGGCUGUCAGGCUCCGCCGUACCGUUGAAUACAGGGGCUCACAAUUCAAAAGAACCUCUCAGGCAGCCUCCGAACUAGAACACAGCUGA